AGAGCAAAAACAGGGGAACCUUAUAUAAAUACUCUAUAUCUUCUUCUCAAUUUCAUUACCACAUUAAACAAUCUUACAAUUUCAUUUCUUGUAAUUUUUUGGAACUGCUUCUGUUUUUCAUUUGAAUACAGAAGCAGGUUCCACUUUAAUUUCAUUUUUUUAAUAUAAAAAAUCCAAGAAUAAAACCUCCUUUUAAACUUUAUUUCCCUCAUUUUUCUUGCUUUAAUUUUCUUUUUCAUAUUUUAUCAAAUGAGUGAUUUCCUUCAAUCCAAACUUGAAUUUGUGUUAGUUUUUCUGUAAAUGUACCGACAACCCCAUUUCGAAUAACAAUUGUUUUGCGUGAUCCUGAAGAAACAAAUCUCUAAAAACCUUUCUCAUCAUAUUUAAAUCUCAGCAUUUCACCAAAAAAUUCAUCCCCUGUUAUUAUCUUCCUCUGUUUUUUUUCGCUUCGACGAAAACAUGGAGAAGAUAUCAAAUCAAGAGCUUCUUCUACCAGAAGGAUUUCUAAGGCAGAGAGAUGAUAUAACAGGGAAAAUUGGGUUAAUUUGGGAACAAAUUAAAACACCCAUUUUUGUGCCAAUCCUAAAAUUAGCAGUCAUUAUUUGUUUGGGAAUGUCAAUAAUGCUGUUUAUAGAGAGAGUUUAUAUGGGAAUUGUGAUAAUUUUGGUGAAAAUGUUUGGAAAAAAACCAGGAAAAAAGUAUAAAUGGGAAACUAUUAAAGAUGAUGUAGAGCUUGGUAGCUCAGCUUAUCCUACAGUUCUUGUACAAAUCCCAAUGUAUAAUGAAAAAGAGGUGUAUCAGCUCUCCAUUGGAGCAGCAUGUGGACUUUCAUGGCCGUCUGAUCGAAUUAUAAUUCAAGUUUUGGAUGAUUCAACUGACUCAACCAUCAAGGAAUUAGUGGCAAUGGAAUGCAAGAAAUGGGCGAACAAAGGAAUAAACAUAAAAUAUGAAAUUAGGGACAACAGAAAUGGGUACAAAGCAGGAGCUCUUAAAGAAGGGAUGAAGCAUAACUAUGUCAAGAAUUGUGAUUAUGUUGCUAUUUUUGAUGCCGAUUUUCAACCUGAACCUGAUUUUCUAUGGCGCACAAUCCCCUUUUUGAUGCAUAAUCCUCAGCUUGCCCUCGUUCAAGCUCGUUGGAAGUUUGUAAAUUCUGACGAGUGUUUGAUGACAAGAAUGCAAGAAAUGUCAUUGGACUAUCAUUUUACAGUGGAACAAGAAGUUGGAUCUUCUACCUACGCUUUUUUUGGCUUUAAUGGCACGGCUGGUGUAUGGAGAAUCUCAGCUAUCAAUGAGGCCGGGGGAUGGAAAGAUCGGACAACAGUCGAGGACAUGGAUCUUGCUGUUCGAGCUAGUCUCAAGGGGUGGAAGUUUUUAUACCUAGGUGAUCUCCAGGUGAAAAAUGAACUGCCAAGUACCUUCAAAGCAUACCGAUUCCAGCAGCAUCGAUGGUCCUGCGGCCCUGCUAACUUGUUUAGAAAAAUGGCGUUGGAGAUCAUAAGAAACGAGAAAGUUUCGUUGUGGAAGAAGGUACAUGUGAUAUACAGCUUCUUCAUAGUCAGGAAGGUCAUAGCCCACGUAGUUACCUUUGUUUUCUACUGCAUCGUCCUCCCUGCCACUGUAUUAAUACCUGAAGUUGAAGUGCCAAGAUGGGGAGCCGUUUACAUCCCUACCAUUAUUACCUUCCUCAAUGCAGUUGGGACGCCAAGAUCACUUCAUCUGCUAGUUUUCUGGAUUCUCUUUGAAAAUGUUAUGUCAUUGCACCGUACCAAAGCUACCUUCAUUGGUUUGAUGGAGGGUGUGCGAGUGAAUGAGUGGGUCGUUACUGAGAAACUUGGUGAUGCUCUCAAGUUCAAAUCGGUGGUUAAAGGAUAUAGGAAACCUCGUUUUAGGUUUGGAGACAGGCUGCAUAUACUAGAACUCGGCGUUGGAGCUUACCUUCUCUUCUGUGGCUGCUACGACCUACUAUUUGGAAAGAACCACUUCUUCCUCUACCUUUUCUUUCAAGCCUUCGCCUUCAUCGUGGCAGGAUUUGGAUAUGUGGGCACCUUUGUUCUAGGCUCCUAACUCUGAUAUAAAGACAACUCUGAUAUAAAGACAAUGUGACUGCAUACCUUCUUUUUCACUUGGCUGGAACUAGCUUGCAGGAUCCGGUUUUCUAUCCUUCUUAUAGAAGCAUAAGGGAAUGGUGCCUUUAGUGGCAACUCCCUCAAAUACAUGUAUCAAUUUUGUAAAGUCAGUGACACAGAAAAAACCAGAGUUUGGGAGAUGUAGUUUGCUUUUGUGUAAAGUUUGGAGAACCUUCGCUGGUCUGAAUAUUGUUGUAGUCUUAUAGAUAUGGUUACACAAAAAAGUGCAAGCUGUAAGAAAUAAAAUUCCAACAGUUCAAAGGGCUAGUUCUUUCCCUUCACAAGCUCUAUCUUAUCUUUGCUCAAAUUUUGUAGUCA